ACAUGUGCUGAAACAGGACACAAAAUGGACCCCUGUUGGUCAUGUUUUGGUCUUUUCUGCACUUUUAUUGAUUAGUAUUUGAGUUAUUCUGUCCUGAGAUACGUUUGAUCAAUCAACUGGUGGCUUAUUUUAUUAAAAACAAAUUAAAAUAGACCAUGUUGCCUGGAGGCAACACCGUACCAUAGAGGGUUAAUUCAUGGAAUCCAGGCUAUAAAGCUCUUAAAUUAUCCUUAGUUGCCCUGAUAAAACGUUUCCAUUGUUCUUGGACAGAAUCCAGAGUUUAACUGUAAGAUCAUGACACAGGCAAAAUCCAUGCUCCUCAUUACCAUGGUUUUUAUGGUUUCUACAAUAAUAAUAACAACAACGAUGAUAAUAAUAUUACUAAGAAUAAACAAUGGUAUUUGUAAUCAAAAAAAUUAAACACAUGAAAAAAAAGCAACUUCUAAAAGUGACUUAUACUGCCCUUAUAUUACCUAAUAUUUAAUAUAAAGCUAAUAGUAGUAAGAUUAAUAAUAGAUACCAUAAUGCAACAUUUCUACGAGUUUGUCAGUGCUGUGCGUAAGACAGCUGCUCUCACGCGGCGACUACUGGAUGCACGUGUGAUUUAAACAGGUAGCGCUGUUUCAUCACUUGGCUUUUGUUGUUUGUUUCCCAUGCGCUUGCAGCACUCCAGUAAAUAACAGCAUUUUAUAUGUGGGGGCGUGGUGGGGUAUUGGCGAUCAGCCCAGCAGGAAAGGUUCAGGUGCACCCGAAGUCCAGUCAAUCCUUCCUUCGGCCAGUCACGGGCCCUCUCCAUGCUCUGGCCCUGGGGCUUCAGCCCCACCUAGCCCUUAUGUUAAUCCGGCCCUGAGUCAUACUGUAUAAUGUCAGCCCGUUUCCUGUCUCCUCCUCCUCAGAGGAACAGUGGCUCAUGGGGGACCGAGGAGGGGGGUAGUCUUUUAAAAUUCUUCCACUCGUCCGUCCACCACUAUAGUUUCCUGUCCCGGAUUACAGCUGCCUGUUCUCAUUCCCUCUGCUCCGUGUGAAGAUGUGUUCUCUGAGCUUUGCCAGGUCUCUGGGUUUGGCCCUCAUUCCCCUCGCCACUUGCUGCAUCGUGGCAAAUGUCCUGCUUUUCUUUCCUGAUGGAAAGGCGAUAUAUGUUCAGGAGGAGCAUGUGACCACAUUUGUCUGGUACUUUAUGGGAAUCGGAGGAGGUGGUUUGGUGAUGCUGAUUCCUGCCUGCGUGUUUCUGGGAAUGGGGAAAUGUGUGGAUUCCUGUGGAACAGACAGCUGUGCAAUGUGUGGUUCAGUGAUAGCGGCUCUGGUAGGACUAGCCGGCUCUGGAUACUGCUUCCUGAUCUCCGCUGUGGCGCUCUUGAAGGGGCCGUAUUGCUAUACUACGAUGGGAUGGAGGUCUCCUUUUGAGACCGACAGGGGGAAGUAUCUCUUUGAUCAAGAGAGAUGGUCUGACUGUGUUUACCCAAAACACAUUGUGGAGUGGAAUGUGACGUUGCUGUCCAUCCUGUUGGGUCUCAGCACCCUUGAGUUCCUUAUCUGUUUCCUGCAGUUCAUCAGUGGUCUGGUUAAUGCAGUGUGCCGGCCAUGCUGCUACAAACAGGAGUACAGCCUAAAUGCUUGAGGACGGCGCACUUCCCAGCCUCCAUCAAUCGGAAACAGGACUGCUCAUCUGCAGAAGAAACACUGGGCCAUCAGAGAGCUGACAGAACUGUCAAUCACACACUCCAAUACACAUUAACAACUGUAAGUCGCCUUGGAUAAAAAUAAAAAUAAAAAAUGUUAACAUUAAGUCACUGCAUUUCUAAUGAAUGUAUUGAAACAUCACUCCAGCCGAAUUUAUAUUAGCAGUGCAUGUUUUCUGUAUAGAACAAAUAUUUGUAUUGUAUACUACCUGCAAUAUGCAUUUUGCUCAAAUUUAAAAGUAUUUUUGUAUGAGUUCUGGUCCUUUUGUACAGGAAGUUGUUUUGUAAAUUAUUUAAAUAUUGAGAGUAAUAAAAGAACAGUUGAUGAAUGUUGUUUUAUAUACCUAUAAAAGCUGUAAUAUGUCUUGAAUAUUCCCUUCAGUCAAUAAAUAGGUUUUGUUUUA